AAUAAAAUUGAGAAACCCAAUUCUGAGGUCACCACAACUCUCACAUACAACUCCAUAAGAGAGUUUGCUCGAAGAAGAAGAAGAUGCAGAAACAUUUUAAAAUCCAUUUUUGUUUCCUUUUCGUAUGAUUCGAAACUCAUCAUUCCUUCUCUAAAUCAUACACUAUACUUUCUUAACCUUAAUCUCAAUCUCCAAGCUCGUUUUUUUUUCAAUUCUCACUAGUAUUGAAAAUCUCGAAGCUUCUCUUCGGAUAAUAAUACCUUAAAUGGGUGAUUAGUUACUCGAAAACCUAGAUGAGAUUUUGAGAACUAGUCCGGAAUUGGAGCCGUGUUGUGUUUUUUUUUUUUUGGGGGUUCAGUUUCUCUCGAGGGGUUCGAUUUCGGAUUCGUGAAAUAUGGACAACGGCCAUGAGGAAAGAUUUGCCCAGAGGUUUUCAGGAGUGGGUCUCGGAGAAUCUUCUGGUUCCCAUGAAAACGACGUUAAAAACGAUAGCUUGUUUCAAGUUAUCAAAGCUGUUGAAGCAGCAGAAGCCACAAUCAAGCAGCAGGUGGAGGAGAAUAACCUCUUAAAGGCUGAGCUUCAGAGAAGAUAUCUGGAGCUUGCCAAAUAUAAAUCAGGAGAAUCCUUGCCUCAGACAUCUGAUCUCCACUCGAAUGCUACAACCGGUGGGUCUUCCCCGUUACACCUUUUGGCCGCUGGUGUUAAUCCAGUUGACCGGGGGAAGGGAAAAAUCAAUGCUUCAGGUGCUGAUUCGUCAGGUAUGCUGGUUGUUCAUCAGCAAGUGUAUCUAAAUGGAGAGGAAGCUACUGUGAGUCAUCGUUCUGAAGACCAUUCUGAGGGAAUCAUGACUAAUGGCAUUGUCAGAGGAACUGUAGGUGUUGCGGGAGCCUCUCAAUUUUCUUCGUCGCCAUCUACAAUAUCAUUGUCUCCUAUGAGACCGCUAUUGGAAGGAGAUCACUCGCACAUCAACUCAUUUUCUCAUGAGUUGAUGCCAGUAGGUGGAGUGAAUAAUUCGGGCACCGCAUGGAAGCAGGAGCUCAUUCACAAGGUCCAAGAACAGGACCAAGAGAUUUUGCGCUUACGAAAAUAUCUUGCUGAUUAUUCUGUCAAGGAAGCCCAAAUACGAAAUGAAACAUAUGUUUUAGAAAAACGUAUUGCGCACAUGCGUUUGGCAUUUGAUCAACAACAACAAGACCUUAUUGAUGCUGCAUCAAAAUCUCUCUCAUACAGACAAGAGAUCAUUGAGGAAAAUAUUCGCUUAACAUAUGCCUUACAGGCUGCAGAGCAAGAGAGAUCUACUUUUGUGUCGUACUUGUUGCCUCUUCUGUCAGAAUAUUCGCUGCAUCCACAAAUUUCUGAUUCUCAGUCUAUUGUUAGCAGUGUGAAGGUUCUAUUUAGGCAUCUGCAGGAGAAGCUCCAUCUUACUGAGACAAAGCUAAAGGAGACAGAGUACCAGUUAGCACCGUGGCAGUCAGAUGUAAAUCACUCAAAUGCGUCGCCUUUGUCAGCAUAUCAACCUGUUGGUGUGGGUUUGAGAUACUCAACAGAUCCGGAACACCAUCAUCAAGAUGGGCGUGGUGGCUCAGCUGCAAGUAAUUACCAUUUUGAUGAUCCCGAGAGUAGGUCGCCAGCCUUCCAGAUGCCUGUGCAGCCAGCUCUCAACCAAGAUGAAUCUCAUGGACCAAAUAAUCGUGUUCAGUUUCGUGAGCCCCUCAGCAAUACUUUUAUGGAUGAUGCAUAUGCAGAAGAACAAGCGGAUACAAAUCAAACUUUGGAAAAUUCGACUUAUGUGGCUGUUGAUGAUCCAAGCCCCUCAAAUUAUCCGAUUUUGGCCCCAGUUCUUGAGGAACCAUCUUCAUCAAUUUCCGAGGCUGCAGAUGAGGAUCCAUUGCCAGGUAUAGCAGACUUACAGAUAUCAGGAGAACCAUUUCCUGGACGAGAGCUUCAGGUUUCUGGUCACUCUAUCAAUGGAACGACAAAAUGUAAUUUUGAGUGGGUACGACAUUUGGAGGAUGGAUCAGUAAACUACAUUGAUGGAGCAAAGAGGCCAAAUUAUCUUGUCACUGCCGAUGAUGUUGAUUUAUACCUUGCUAUUGAAGUUCACCCCUUGGAUGACAAGAACCGCAAGGGGGAGCUUGUGAGGGUCUUCGCCAAUGAGAAUUGCAAGAUCACAUGUCAUCCAGAGAUGCAAAGCCAUAUAGAGAAGAGUCUUUAUAAUGGUCAUGCGUUAUACAAAGUAACCUAUUCAAUUGGUUAUAUGGAUAUAUGGGAAGCAGCUACAUUGUCUAUCAAGAAAGAAGGCUACAGCAUCAAACCUAAUAAUGAUCCUGUAAUUACAGAAAAGUUCUCCUCUUCUACUGCGAUUGUGAUUCCCUUUGAUCAGCCUGCGGAUUUUGUGAUUAUUGGUACCGAUGGCGUGGAGCAUCUCUGUCGAGUGGAGAAUGAUGCAACAGAUCUUAGCUGCUCAAGAGAUACAAUUGUGCUCACUCUUAGAUUAUUUCUAAAGAAGGCUCUGCAGAGAAAGAAGCAGAAGAAAAAAGGAUUUUUGUUUAACAAAUGAGUUUUUGGUAAAUAGUAUUGUUGGCUCUUUCUUUUUUCUCUGGCCUCUCCAGCUUUACAAUAUUAGAGAUAGUCUUAUGAACGGGUUAGUGUUAUUUAUGUAAGGCUGCUGUGCUAUAGCUGAUUCAAAAAAAAAAAAAGACUAUUCAAUCGA